AUGCCUGCGCGUUCGACGCUCACGACCUUUAUCUUUGUUGCCGUUGCCCUCAUCUCCUUCUCACUCCUUGUCUUCACGCCCCGCUCAACCUUACCCUCUCUCGGUCGCUUCCAUAAAUACCAGACGAGCAAGAGCCAUGGCAAGAGCCCAGCACCUACUGGGAAUAGCCAGGGAUCCUCACAUGCCUAUGUCGCCUUCCUACAGGAUCAUUGGACACAUGAAAAUACGACGAGCGAUGAAGACGACGAAUACUUUGUAGCCACUCGAGUGUUGGCCUACCAGCUUAUGCACGCACCAAAGACGAAAGCAAACGCCUCAAUCCCCCUUGUAGUCGCCUGCACACCGCGCGUGAAGGAGAGCAAAAAAGAAAGACUGGCAAAGGACGGGGCGAUGAUUGUGGAUGUGGACUACGUGGAGAAUCCGGAAUGGAUUACAUCAAAGAAUGGCCUCCAGCAGCGCUAUAUGACACAGAUGACCAAGUUGCGAAUCAUGCAACUCACCCAAUUCGAGAGAGUCUUGUACAUUGACUCGGACGUCUAUAUAACCGAUCGCAUGGAUGGUAUAUUUAAGGAUGAUAGCACCAAGGUGCAGGAGACAAAUCUGGAUCUUAUAGAAGACCAAGAUAAGGGCAAGGUACCUAAGCAAUAUGCAUUUGCGGGACAGGCCCAACAGCAUGACUGGACCCAUCAAUAUCCUCCAGAUCCCAAUGAGCCACUGUUCGGAGCGGGGUUCUUCUUGUUCCAACCUUCGUUGGAACUUUUCGAUUAUUAUAUGCACCUUCUAUACCACGAGCCGCCGCGAUUUGAUGCUUCAAUGUUUGAACAGAAUCUGAUGAACUACGCUCACCGCAGAGAUGGUCCGAUGCCAUGGCAGGAUCUCUACUAUAAGUGGACAACGUCCUUCCCAACCCUGGACGAUCUCAACGCUGGAGCUAAGAGCUUGCAUCACAAAUUUUGGUGGGAGGACACAAAUAUUCCGGACCAUGGACUAAAUAAGAUGACGGCGAUGUGGUACCAAACCAGGGGUGAGAUGGAAGGGUAUUACUAUGCAUUGGAUGAGGCUGCGAGCAAAAAGACUUGA